GUGCUCCGCAGGGGUGGGGGGGCUGGCUGUGCCCGCUCCCCGCCUGGUUUUGUGUGCAGAGGACGCGGCGCAGGUGCGGGAUCGGCGCGCGACAGGAUCAUCGUCUGCACCAAAGAGGAUGACCUUUCAACGCCUUUCGAUGCCCUAGCACUGAAGCCAGGCCUUGAACCCGCCAAGAUGUCCUAUUUCACCAGCCAUUUCUGGGGGGAGAAGAGCCAUGGCUUUGAGGUGCUGUACCAGAACAUGAAGCAGGGCCAGGUCUCGGCCAAGGAGCUGGCCGACUUUGUCCGGGAGAGGGCAGCGGUGGAAGAAGCCUACGCCAAGUCCAUGGCCAAGAUGUCCAAGCUGGCCGGCAGCAGUACCCAGUUGGGGACGUUCGCCCCGCUGUGGGAAGUAUUCCGCAUCUCGUCGGAUAAACUGGCGCUCUGCCACCUGGAGUUGGCCCGGAGGUUGCAGGACCUGCUGCGCGAAGUGGGGCGCUACACAGAGGAGCAGAGCAGGACCCACAAGAAGUCUAAGGAAGAGGUGUCGGGGACGCUGGAGGCGGUGCAGGCGCUGCAGGGUGCGACACAGCUGCUGCCCAAGGCCAGGGAGGCCUUCCAGAGCCGUGGGAUGGAGCUGGAUCGCCUGCGCAGGGAGGGUGCCGGGCCCAAGGAGGUUGAGAAGGCGGAGCUGAAGUCCCGGAAGGCGGCAGAGGCGCUGCGUCGUGCGGCGGAGAAGUACAACUUUGCGCGGAGCGACUUUGAGCGCAAGAUGCGGGACUCAGCCGCGCGCUUCCAGGAAGUGGAGGAGUCCCACCUGCAGCAGAUGAAAGCCCUGAUUGGCUCCUUCAUCCACUCGGUGGAAGACGCCCACGUCCAGAUUGGGCAGGUCCAUGAAGAGUUCAAGCAAAACAUGGAGAACAUCGGGGUGGAGACUUUGCUCAGGAACUUUGCUGAAAGCAAAGGCACCGGGCGACACCCACCAGGGCCCUUGGACUUUGAGGAGCUCAGCUUGGCACCUUUGCAGGAAGGUCCGAAGCGAACCCGCAGCAAGGCCUUCCGCAUCCCUGGUUUGGGCCGAAAGGAGCGUGAAAGGGACUCUGUGGAGUCUCCGGACGCUGAGUCAACACCUCCCGAAGUUGAUGAGGAAGGCUUCACCGUCCGGCCAGAAACGGACCGGAAUGGCCCAGCCCCCUGCGGCCUGUGCUGCUCAUCCAGCGACUCGGACUUUGAGGGGGAGGAAGAGGGAGAGGGGCCCCACAAGUUCUACAUCCGGAUCAAGCCCCUCCAGACCAAGGAGCAGCAGCCACAGCAGCUACAACAACCACAGCAGCAGCCCCCGUGGUCAAGCAACAGCACAGCCGCAGCUGCUGCCCAGGCCUCCAUGGAGCAGCUCAAAGCCUCGGUGGGGAGCCUCAUCCUGGGGCCCGGCAUCGGCAUCGGGAACACCGUGAAGAGGCAUUCCUCCCGGCAUUUGAAAUCCCUGGCUGCAGCUGCGGCUGUGGCGGAUUCUUCAGCUGACUCGAAUGUCGCUCCGAUCGGCCCAAGGAAGAAGAUGACCCCUUGUUUGACCAAUAGUUGCAACACCAAUGCGGACCCCGAGCCCCUUUCCGCCAAUGCGCUCUUUGGGCCUCCCUUGGAAUCUGCCUUUGAAAAUGAGGACUUUGCAGGCUCUGCCUCCCGGCUGCUGCCCUCGAGCCCCUCCCCCUUCUCCUCCCCCUCCCCCGAGAACAUAGGGGACUCUGGCCUGGACUCACCCCCACCUCCCUCCAUGGCAGCCUCCGACCCUGCCCAUGUGGGGGGGAGGAGAUGGCGGGUCCCCGACCCCUGGGUGCCUCAGGCCCCACCCACCAGGCCCUCUGUGUGGGGCCCUCCACCCCCUGGGGGCUCCCCAGACCCCCUCCCCCCAGCAGAGGGCCUGCACCAGAGGGUGCCCUCUGGGGGUGGGGGUGGGGAGGGGGACAGCUGCCUCUCCUCCAACUCUGCCUCCUCCUCCUCCUCCUCCCCUGCUCCCCCCAGCAUCAGCAGUGGGGACUCCGCCUCCAGCCCCUCCCCUUGGGGGGGCUCCCACGGAAGGGAACUCCCCGAGGACACGCCCCUGCGUACCGACCCCAUCGGGUCGCCCGCUGUGGGCUCCAUGGUGCCCCCCCCACGGCGCCCCCAUUCCAAGCGCCCCUCGGCCAUUCCGGCUGCUUGCCUGGCCAGCGAGACGCCCCGGUCCCUGAGCCCUUCCCGGCUCUGGAGUCUGUCAGCCCCCUCAAGUGCCGCCGAACGGGCUUUCUUUGUAGCCACUCAGCCCGGGAUCGGAGUGUCGAGGGGUCCCUCCCCAGUGGUUCCAGGCUCCCAGGGGGGGCUCCCAGUAGCCACCGCCUUCACGGAAUACGUCCACGCUUUCUUCAAGGGCCACAGCCCCGACAGCUGCCUGGUCAAGGUCACAGGGGAGAUGACCAUGUCCUUCCCGGCGGGGAUCCUGCGCGCCUUCAAUGGCUGCCCUUCAGCCCCAGUCCUGAGCUUCCGCCUUCUUUGGACGACAGCCAUUGACCACUUCCUGCCCAGCCCUGACCUCCUCUUCAGCGACCCCUCCCAGAGUGACCCCUCCAGCCGGGACUUCUGGCUCAAUAUGGCCGCCUUGACCACCCAGCUCCAACGGCAGGCUGACCACUCCCCGGGGGCCCCUUACUACAACAUCACGCUGCUCAGAUACCAGUUUUCGAAGCAAGGCCAGGCCUGGGCUCCUUUGCAACUGGCGGUCAGCUGGGACUGUGACCCGGAGGCCACUCGCGUCUGCGUUGACUACGGCUACAACAAAGCAGGGGCUCUGGCCAUUCCUCCAGCCACCCUCACCAAUGUCCAGGUGCUGCUGCCCAUUGAGGAACCAGCCGCCAAUGUCCGGCCACAGCCCAAGGCCACCUGGAAUCCGGAGGAGAAGCGCUUGCAAUGGCAGCUGGGGGACAUGCAUUCAGGCUCAGGCCGGCUGACAGCCAGUUGGCAACCCCUGGAGGGCCCCAGCCGCCCGGUCCUGGUGGCUGCCCAGUUCUCCAGCGAGGGGGGCUGCAUCUCGGGGGCUGGCGUGGAGCUGCUGGGCAGUGGGUUCCGGAUGUCCCUAGUCAAGAAGCGCUUUGCCACCGGCAUUUAUCUCGCCGGCUUGUGAACAGUGGUGACCCUUCUGACUGUUUAUUUUAGCAUUAUCGUUAUUAUUAUUUUUGAGAGAAUAUAUUUGUGUGUUUUUAAAUUAUUAUUAUUAUCAUAGGAUUCGGUUUUAAAAACACUGGAUUUUGUGACACUGGAAGGCCCGGAUGCAAAGUUUCGUUUUAUUUUGUUUUUUGAGAAGAAAAGAUAACUGACUGGCUUCUCCGUCAAUCAUCCUGUUGUUACUCUUUUAAUAUCAAAAGAAUAUAUUGUUUUUUUCUAAUUAAAAAAAUGCAUCAGUUUGUAGGUUCGGGCCAUCAUUGGCUUUAAUAAAAAUGGAGCAAAAAGUGCAAUGUUUUUUACCCAUUUGAACACAAGCUGCCGUGGACGAUGGGCACUGUGAUUCAAUGGCAUUUGGGGGCCUUUCUGUUGCUCCCUGUUGGGUGUAUUUCUCAUAUUAUAUUUCAUUCUUUGCAUUAUUGAUAUUAUAUUUUCAUACUUUCAUUAAAUGUAUUUUCUUAUUUUUCAUUA